AAUGCCAGGAAAAAGAAACUCAAGAGAAAUCGAAAACUGCAGCAGAGGGGAGGAUCCAGGUUCCCCGCCCCGCCGUCCCGGAGGCCCGGCCAUGAACGCGCCCCAGCCCCUGCGCCCCGGCGCGCGCCCCGGCUACGAGAUGCUCAAGGAGGAGCGCGAGGUGGCGGUGCUGGGCGCGCCCGGCAGCGCGGCCCCCGGGGCGGCCACCGUGAUCGCCAUCCAGCCCGAGACCGCCGUGCCCGACCACGUCGUCUGGUCCCUGUUCAGCGCGCUCUUCAUGAACUUCUGCUGCCUGGGCCUGGCGGCCUUCGCCUACUCCGUGAAGGCCAGGGACCGCAAGAUGGUGGGCGACACCGUCGGGGCCCGGAGCUACGCGGCCACCGCCAGGUGCCUGAACGCGUGGGCGCUGUGCCUCGGCCUCCUGCUGAACGCCGGCGUCCUCGCGCUGCUGGUCUACGUGGGCUUCGCCGUGCACGCGGCCGUCCAGCGCGCCGGAGGCUACUAGCGGCCGCCCUGUGCCCAGCCGCCUUUUGUGGCCACGAAAUAGUAAACAGCUGC